AAUCGAGAAGAGUUCACAAGAGAAACACUCUCCCUCACUCACUCAAGUUUGGUCUUAAGAAAACUAUUCCAAAAGGUCUAAUUUUUAUAUUUUAUAGUUCCCAUGCACCUAUAACGUAAGAAAUCCUUCACCUUCUUCUCCACUUCUAAAUCUCUCUUCUCUUCUCCCAAUCCAUAAUCUCAUUCACACUCACUCAAAAACAACAAAACCACACAAACGUAACAUCUUUGUAGUGAAACACAUCAUGCUGAUCAAAGGGCAUCAAAUUAAGGUACCAAUAUUGUUUCUCGUCAAUUUGGUCCUUGUUUUUUUCGUUUCUUCCGUCAACGCCGUUGAAUCAAGGAAACUUGAUGAGACCCCCGUGCCCGCCAUAAACGGCACCGAACAAAAGUGCGGUUCAUGCGGCACCGUCUACCCCUCCCCGCCUCCACCGGCCAUUCCACCGCCGUCGCCACCACCACCCAAGAAAACACCCACACAGUAUUGCCCUCCGCCACCCCCUUCCUCCUUCAUAUACAUAACUGGGCCUCCGGGAAACUUGUAUCCCGUCGACGAGGAUUUCAGCGCCGCCGCCUGCCACCGCCGGAGCUUCGUCGCCGCCUCCUUGCCACUUUUUGUUGGCAUGCUUUUUACGCUUGCAUUUUGGUGAUUCGCUUGUGAAGAAGGUAAUAACCACGACAUAUAGAUAUAUCAUUCAGAUAAUUUUAAACACAACAUCGGAAAAUUUUACGGUUUAUGAUGUCGUUGUAGUUAUGAAUAUCAAGAUUUACAUAAGGUACAGCGCAGAGAAUUUUGUACUUGUACUUCGACAUUAGUGCUUCACACUACGUUCUGGUCUUCUUUCUAUGCCAUCGAUUUGUUCAAUAAUAUCCAUCUUUCUAGCAAUUCUAUCAAAUUUUCA